CGGGCCUUUGUCUUGUGUGCAUCUUGCAGCGGGGUAGUAGGAAAAGGGAAGGGAAGCAAAGAAGGGGAUUGAGGGUGUCAAUGGCGGCAAUGGCGGAAGGCCAGAGCAGAGGAGGAGCAGGAGGAGGGAGGCCACUCCCACCCCCACCUCAACAGCGAGGGCCUCCUGGCCCUCCCCCUCGCCCUCGCUUCGAGCCGGUCGAUCGCGAGAAGACUUGUCCUCUUCUUCUUCGAGUUUUUACUAAGAUUGGAACCCAUCACACUAAGGAAGAUUUUGCUGUAAGAGGUAAAGAGCCUAAAGAUGAGGUCCAGAUUUAUACAUGGAAAGAUGCCACUCUACGGGAGCUGACUGAUCUGGUCAAAGAGGUUGCUCCUGCUGCCAGGAGAAGGGAUGCAAAACUAUCGUUUGCGUUUGUCUAUCCUGACAAACAUGGUCGCUUUGUUGUGACGCAGGUUGGAAUGACUCAUUCUUAUGGAAAUGGGAGGCGCUUGGAUGAUGGGAAGACUUUAGCUGAACUGAAGUUUCAGAUCGGUGAUUACCUUGAUGUGGCCAUUCUGUAGAAGGAUGGAUCUUCUACGAAGCUGUUUUGUGAAGCUUCAUCAUGAAAAAGAUGUGCCUAUAUCUUGAAAGCUCUCCCUUUCCUCCCACCACUCAAUCAUGAGUUGUUUGUUAUGUGCAUCUGCAAAGAACUGGAAGUUGGUCCUUGGGUCAUCCAACCCAGGAUGUGGUUAAACACUGAUGAAGGACCAAGAACGGUAAUCCUGGCCCUGGGGUGGUGCUGCAAAUAGUUAUUUGGGUUGGGUUUUGGAAGGGUUGUUUAUGAAUCAAAGUUUGUUAUUAUGCCCAGACAAAUGUUAGCACAAGUUAGAUUUGGAUCCUUCACUAUAUUAGCCUUUCUAGACCUAGAUGUGGUUGUGGAUUUUAUGUUACAUAAUGUCAGAUCUGGUAAUAGUUGAUGUACUUGGUCCUGUGUUGAACUUUUCAAUACCUUGCUCGCAUAUAGUUUGAUUAGAGAUGAAUCUGUAAGAAUAUCUCGCCUAAUGUGCAAAAAUGGUUAUUGUUUAUCA